ACCUAAAUGCAAUAUUUUCUAUUUUCUACAACUAAAUCGAAGGCUUAUGACACUUAUAAGUAUAUUUUUCUCAUGUUGAUUUGUUUCGUAGCUUACUAAGGAAUCCAGCAAUGUUCUUGUCUAAGGAACCUCCUGAAAACUGUCCAGAGGAGUCUUCGCAAGACCUAAGCACUGCACAAAAGAGAAGAAUCAGGCGCAAAAGGCUUCAAGCAGCCCGUACCACUAAUCCUAUCACCACCCAUCAAACCAUCAAUAUUAUUGACAGCAUCCGAAGAGAUAUCUCAUUCUUACAAGCCACAAACAGCUCCCUUGUACUAGAAAUAGAUCCCUUACCAAUCAAAUCUAAAUGCAAAAGUUAUGAUAUAGAAGAACUUAUAAAGCCUAAAGAAGUUAAAGUAUCAAAAGAAAUGUCUUCUACAGAAAAAUCUAGAGAGGAAGUUAAGGCUGCCAGGGAAGCUAAGAAAUUAGCAAAACAAAAGAAGAAAGAAUCAGAUCAGAAGGGACAAGAAGCAAAGGUUGCUAAAGAUUUAGUAGUCACAGAAAAAAAUGUUAAAGUAAGUCCUGUCAAAGGCAAAGAUGAGGUUGACAAGGCAUGCAUUCAUGCAGAAAAACCUAUAGUUAGAGAAAAAAAUGUAGCAGUGAAAGAAGAAAUUAAAGCUAAAGUAGAAACUCUUACUAAACCUGUUGAAAAACCAGAUAAAACAGAAAGUACUGCCACAUCUGCAGAUGAUAAGGCUAAAGAUCAAAUCAAAGCUGAAAGAGCAGCUAAGAAAGCAGCCAAACAAGCAAAGAAGAAGGGGUCAGAAGGAGAUGCCCCCAAAGGAGAUGGAGAGAUGACUGUUAAAGAUGUUGUAAAUACAUUGAAGGAUAUCGCCAUUGUUGCUAAAGAAGUGCAAGAUGUCACUGCUAAGGUACAGGCAAUUCAAUUGGAUGGCAAAAAGUCAGAAGAAUCAGUCAAGAGUAAAGCAGAGCUGAAGGCCGAACGGCGAGCAAAGCAAGAGGCUCAACGAGCAGCAAAGCAGGCUACCACUGCUAUCAAGCCUGCUGCCAAGCCCGCUGACAAGCCUAAAGAGACAACCGCACCAGCCCAAUCAGCUGCUGACAAGGAGAAAUCCCCCAAACCGAAGACAUUAGAGAAAUCUAAGCCAAAGCCGCAAGUGGUGCAGCGAGUGAGCUGGUUCCAGCACCUCAGUGUGGACCCCGACAAGCAACAGAAAAUCGCCAUCAAUUCCAACCUGCACCCCGCCAUCAUCAAGUUGGGCGUGCAGUUAUCUUCGCGAGUGGUGUCCGGAUCGAACGCCAGGUGCAUAGCGUUACUGGACGCUUUAAAGAAGAUGGUGUCGGACUACACCCUCCCAGCGCGCACGGAAUACGCCCGCGGCCUCGAGACGCACUUAAAGGAGAGUCUAACGUAUCUGUGGGGCAUGCGACAACCCACGGCGUCACAAGUGAACGCCGUCAAGUUCUUUAGGCACCAUCUGACGCAGCUGCCGCAUAAUGUGGACGAGUUUGACGCCAAGAAAAUACUACACGAAGAAAUAGACCGAUACAUCCGCGAACAAAUUGACAUGGCGGGCGAAGCUAUCAGCAUCGCAGUACGGAACAAGAUUUCGCACGGGGACAAGAUACUCACCUACGGAUGCUCAUCCCUAAUAGAGCGCAUCUUCCGCGAAGCGUGGGCUGCGGGCGUCAAAUUCGAAGUUGUAGUCGUCGGCAACAGAAUACACCCCCAUGGCAGAGAGAUGCUGCGACGACUCGUCAAGUAUGGCGUGCCUUGCACGUAUCUGGACAUUACUGCUGCCAGUUAUAUUAUGCAGAAGAUAAGCAAAGUCCUAUUCGGCGCGCAAGCCCUCCUGGCGGACGGGUCUGUGCGCGGCGCGCUGGGCACGGCGCAGCUGGCGCUGCUGGCGCGCGCGCGCAACGUGCCCGUGCUCGUGGCCGCCGAGACACACAAGGUCUCCGCCCGAGUGCAGGCCGCGCCCACGGACCACAACGAGCUAGGUGACCCCGACGACCUGAUUGACAAGUCCGACCCCGACUCGCCCCUGAAGGACUGGCGCAACAACCCGAACCUGACCCCCCUUAAUCUCAUGUAUGACGUCACGCCGCCCAGCCUGGUCACCGCCGUGGUCACGGAGCUAGCCAUCCUGCCUUGUACGAGCGCCCCUGUUGUGCUUAGGUUUAAAUUGUCUGAGUAUGGUAUAAUGGCGGAAUAGAUGGUUAGGUUACGUUCCUACCCUAAGGCCAGGGCAAACCGGCUGCAUGUGCGUGGGUUAAAGCAAAAGAUAUAAAUAUACCAUAGAUGACGCAAAUGCAUCUACUUCGCGUGUCCGAAACCCGACCAAGCGUCGAGGUUGACCGUCACUCUUGACAGUCCACGCGCGUUAGUUGUUGCAGCCAGACGUCCGUGAAAACUUAAUAAAUGCCUCGUUGCGUGAUAAUUAACUUACCGCCUUAACUAACAGCCCAAAAAUUGCGAGCCCCCAAAGGCAAGGACAUAUUUCUUACCGCAGGUAAGUAAUUUUAAAAUUAUGUUACCUAUGCGUAUGUAUGAAAAAGUCGACACGCUUGGUUUCAAUACAAAUCGCGAUAUUUGCGUCAUCUAGCGUAUGGGAUUCUACUGAGCAGCUUUUAUUAUGGGACCAACCACGAAAUCGCGAAAAAAAAUAGCCUCCCAUAGAAAAUGGACCAGCCAAAACGUAUGAAGCAGCCAAAUUUUUUUCGCGAUUUCGAGGUUGGUUCCAUAGUAAAAGUUGCUCAGUAUAGUCCCAAAAUCUCCCUGGCAACGGGAAUGCACAUAUUUUUUGGCCAUCCUGUAUAUUAAAUCAGUGGUUAGAGCCGUGCACGCACGCGUCACGCAAGCGGAGUGUCGUCUCAUAAGGAUCUUUAUAUUACGUCUACGCACACGCGUCCGGUGUGCACAGGUCUUUAGUUUCAAUAGAACUGUGAAAGCCAUAUGAUCUAUAAAUAAUACCAGUUCAGUUCUGUAAAAGUAAUGUUCUCGCGAAAUUGACUUUUACUGGGUAUGCCUGCGAAAAGAGAAGGCAACUGUCUAUUUUAGAUUAAACACUUAAAAAUCGAAAUAUAAAAGUGAGUUGGUAAAACUUUUACAUGUUACAAACACUUACACUUAACUUUUCUAGUAUUCUGGUUCGAAGGACCAAAAACAACUUGCCUAGGUAAGACUCCUAAGAGUGACAAAUGCCAAACUAAAUGGUCAACAUUGACUGUAGGAGUGGUGCUAUGGAUUUGAACAUGGAGAAUAUUUGUGCCGUUUUCAAUAAAAAGGUACCACAUUGUCGCUUGCCAUAAGGACGCCCUGGUUAUUCGCAUAAAGAUACAACCAAAUUACGUCCUUAUGGUAAGCGACAAAGUGGUACCUUUUGCUUGAAAACAUCACACUUUAUCAUACUUUUGUCCUUAUUCAGAGCUUGUAGGGAUAAUUAUGGUGUAAAUUUAAUGUUUUAUAAGCAACACUGACAUCUCUAGAAGUAAGGGCUUGUGCAAGUUGAGCACAAAUCACGCGAGGUUCGAUAGGGGGGGCGGGGUCACGAAAAAAUCACGACACAUCACGUUGGGGGAGGGGGGUAUAAAGGAGACCUCACGUGUAUUUUUCUUGUAGCAAAAAACUUCACCAAAUAUUACCAAGGGGGAGGGGGGGUUCAAAAAGUAGCCGAAAAAACCUCGCGUGAUUUGUGCACAAGCCCUAAGGAACAUAAAUGAUUUAGCUUGCUAAAUUGUUUCUAGUCCAUUAGUCCAAUAUCAGACUGCAAGUAUACUUAUACUCAACUUGUUGCAAUAACUAAAAAAGAACUGCUUUCUGUAUAUUUGUUAUACUUAUAACCACGUAAGGCCCCCCAUACAAAAUUUCCCUAUUUUUAAUUUGAACCUUGAGUGUAUAUUGUAAUGUAAUGCACUUGGCCUUACGAGGAUUCAUUUUUAAGAAGUUAAUGGUUUUGUCACAUAGAUAUUUUAGUUUAUUUACUUAGGCAUACUAAGUUUUAUCUUAGUUUUUUCAUGUGGUUUUUUCUAAUUUGUAAAUAUAUCCAAAUAGUUCAACUUACGCUCAAAUGUGUAAAUUAUUGAAAUACUUAUAAAUGCUGUUAGUUUUAUUUGGCUCUGU